UAAAAAUAAUUAGUUUCUACGCUUCAGCAUACCCAAUUCCUGUUUCAUGUAAUAUAUAGCUAAUACUCCAUGCUGAAUUCAAUUUCUCAUCUAAAAAGACAUGAUUUUCUUUUUUGUAACGUGCAAAUAUCUUCACUGACGAGAGUCACAGGAUCAGGAGAUCUAAUUUGAUGGAACAGAGACUCAUAUGCAGCUGUAUGUGAAGCACGCAAAAUCGAACCGAGAGAAGAAACCUUAGAUCUCUGUUGGUGCCGCUAAUGGGGAUUCAUGAUUCUCCCGACUCCUCCCCGAAACCAUUACAUCUGUACGAGGUAAAAUAAACUGAUAUCUCUAGUUUUGGACUGGAAGCAAACCUUAUAUUUCUUAUGGAUGAGCUCUAAUUCGAAGUGGAAUCAGCUACAAUCUGCUUAUGUUUUUCGAAUGUACAUAUUGACUUGGGUGAUGCAUGGAGAAAGAUUAGAUAUGAACCGAUGAUUUGGUUCAUCAUAUUCACACAAUGGGUUUGAGAUAUGGCUGAUGUUGCAGGUUUCAAGGUAAUCAGCCACUCUCUUGAGUGCAUAUGGUGAUGAAACGUUAGUGGAGUUGUUCCACUAUCUACUGCUAGUCCGGUGAUUUCAGUGAUAUUUUAUUCUUGAGUUUCUUAUAUGUCCAACGCAUAUAACUCUUCCACUUUCUGCGCCAAAGUUAAUGCAUAAUAAGUCAUGUUUAUGUCUACAUUCUUCAUGAGAGAAGCCUUUGCUUACCAUGUUUCAAGCCAUAGGAGUUUGUUAUCCAAGGAAGGUCGCUACAGUUCAAUACAGGUAUCUCAGCUUUAAUUUUGGGUAGCUAGCAAUAGUGGAAGAUGCUAAGUUAUAAUAGUCAGAUGUCCUGUUGUUUUCUACUACAUGUUAAUGUCCAAGGAAGAUAUCCAAGGAAGGUCGCUACAGUUCAAUACUCCUGUUAAUUUGCAUGUAAUGUUUGGUCAUUUACAAAGAGGGUAGGUUCUCCAGAUUUUCUAGUGCCAUGUUGUUGCAAUAACUAGAUAGUUGAAAUAGCAAUGAUCUAGUCCAUGUUGAUUCACCUAAUACAAUAGUUUUUAUCUGAAGGUUAAGUCAAAGAUUUUCUGAAUGAUCUAUCUGCCCACAAUAUUGUAUAGGGGAAAUUGUCAAAAGUAUAGACUUUAAUUGCAGAAUUUAUUCAUUGUUAUUUCUUUUCACAAUUAUCUUGACUUGGGGUUGGCAUCUGUAAUCACGUGUGCUGUUCAUAUUCAUCAGUCUACAUUUUACUUACAGAUUCUAAUCCUUAAUCUCAAUAACAGAGACUACGUCCUCAACUUUCCAGCUUAGCAUCAAUCUUUUUGUGUCUGGAAAAGAUAGGGACAAAUUUGAAGCUCUAGGGGAUAGGUCAGUGUGUCCUUAAUGUUAAGUGCUACCAGUAUAGAAUAGGUACAAAACGCGUAAGACAAAGAGCAGAUCUAAAGGCGACUUAUGAGGUUUGCUCAAGGAUAAAUUUUUGUUCUUUAUUGGAACUCAUUUUAAAGGACCUGACUUACCAACCCCAACCAUGUGUUUUAGAGUUCGGCACAGCUUUUUAAGAUGCUUUUGUAUUUUGUAUACUAUCCUUACGUAUAUAUAUAUUCAUGCAGAUAUCUUCGUAGUUUUUGGGUCAGGUCAUGUGACUUUACUUUUCAUGCAAAAAGCUUCCCCAGUCUUUUGUCUUUAAACUCUUAUACUUUCAUGAAAAGAUCAAACACUUUAGCCUGGUUGCUUUAAGUCUUUAACUACUACCUUCUUAAAAGCAACAAUGUUGAUUUUUACAGGGUUUUUCAGAUUUUCUUAUUGUCUUCUGCUUGAUGCUUGCUGGUGAGGGGGGCGGUGAUCUCGAAGAACAUAGCGAGUGGCAUGGCGACUCUCUUACUUUUUGAGGUUCGUAGAUGCGUCUUCCCAUUUCUUCGUCUCAUCAUUAGUAUACGCAUUCAGUACAAUCUUUAAUGCAUCAUAUGUGGUUACUCCAAGCACAAACUAACUAACUACGGUAAAAGUAUUUCAAAAUUUUAUAGUUUCAUCACUGGUUUCGAGCUAUGUUAAUUGGUGAUAUUAAAGGGACUGUCUAGGGAAUAUCGUAAUUCCAAACACAUCAUUCAUAAAAAAAAAGAUGACAUAAAUCUACCUAUUCACCUGUAUCACAUGACUGGUAAAGUUAAUUAACUUUUUCAGCUGUGCCUUUUUGUCCCCCAUUAAUCAAGGCGAAAGCUGAGCCUUUUAUACUAUUUUAAGAUUGUUUACUGAACGUCUAAAAAGUAUUUUAUAUGUUCAACUUAUCCAGAAUUUAGUGAAGAUUUGUGAAAAUAAUAAAGAUAUAUGAAUAGUGAAUUUAGUGAAGGUGGACCUUUGAAAACUCCUAUAAAAAGCUUGUCAUGAGAAGGAACUACUAACUUAGUAAACUCAACCUUGAGCCGAGUUGAGACACAGCCACUGCUCAUCCUUUUUGAUGCUCAACACUUCGUCUACCAAUUUGUAAUAGAUGAUGCUAAGAUGAUGCUUAUUUACUUCUAUGAGGAGUGGUUGCUUUAUUAUUAUUAUAUACGUAUUGAUCUUUUCAUAUACCAAUUUGAUGAUGAAGGUGUGUAUAUGUAUAGUAUACUCAAUAAAUACAUAGCUGGCUUGCGUUAUGAUGCCUAAGUAACCUGGUUUAACUAAUUUCUUAUUUGUUGAUAGCUACUACUGCCCCUUGCCUAUGAGCUCAUGGGCUCUCUAUAUGGUGACAAUUAAUUAGUUUGGGUUUCGUUAGAUUGAGUUUAACAAAUAUAAGGUAAGGGAAUCCUAAGCUUACAAUCUUUUUUAUGUAGUGUAAUUAUCUUCUAAGAUUUGCAGUGAGCUUAAGAUAAACUCUGUAAAUUUAUUUUUCCGUGGCAGAAAGGAAAUCAUAUGAAUACUCUAAAAGAGCGCAGAGACACAUAAGAGCUCUGGGAGGGUAAGGGAAAAGAGAUGUAAUCCGUUUGAAAACUCCUGUAUUUUCUGUACCUGCCUCCUCCAUCCGAGACUGUAGUCCACUCUGCCAGGAACCCUAAUUCAACAAGCAAUUCAAAUCCCUCUUUCCCCAAAUCUAAGAAAUAAUUUUUGAUGGUAUGUAUAUGAGUUAAAUGACAAUACUGUACUGCACACACUAUUUGUGCCAAAAAAAAAAAAGUACUGCACACACUAAGAUACCUUCUGGAAACUGACAGCGUCCAUGCCCUCAUUUGACACAGAAGAAAAAGACAAGAGCUCAAGAUAUGCCGUUGGUUGCAAUACUAAGGCGGACGAAGAAAGUCUUUUAGGUUUUAAAGAUGAUGGAGAUUUAGCUAAUUUUCUGCACCCACCUCUCCCCUAAUUAACCAGCUCCUCCUAAUGGUCAAAAUCGUUCACAUCAAGUCUGUCACCAUCAUCAAUAGUAAGUUUUUAUUCUGAUAUAGUAAGUUUUUAUGCUGAUAAUACCAAAACUUACCUUGUCCUCCAUGUUUGUCCUGUCCAUUACUAUUGCUGUUUGAAUUUUCAGCAAUUUAGAUUCUCGUGUAGUGGAGUUAUAGUGGAGUUAGAAUAUGAUAUAUGAUUACUUACCCGAAAGAACUAUCACUGGUCUCCUGCACCAGUACUAUUUGCUAUGGAAUUUCUUGUAAUGAGAGAACUCUCCCUGGAAAUAUUUACUAAAUUUCCUAAAAUAUUUAUGCUGCUGUCCUUAUUAACUCUGUGAAAACAACCUUUUGCUUUAUUAAGAAAUGUUUUCAUUACAACACAAUGACACGAAACCGUUAAUGCUGAUAUGUUCUUCCUGUUGCAGGUUUCUUCACUAGGUACCUUUUCUUCCUAGAAAAAAAGGCAUUUUGGGGUUGCAAAAUCUCGUUAAGUAUUACCUAGAUUUCACUAUAUCGACUUUCUUAUGAAUUGAUGUGUCAAACAAGAAAUUACACUGUCAUAUCCUUGAAACAUUCUCAUUUUCAGAGACAAUAAAUAGCUCUUAGGGCUCAUUCCUUGAGUUUUGUUGGGUUGAUGGUUGAUUUAUCUAAAUUUUAAUGAAAUGAAUUAUAUAAACUAGGGUACAUAUGAAAAUGAAUUAUAUAAACUAAUAUGCCGUGUAAAUGAUGAUGCGAGGAAAUCAAUUUUGCGUGUUAGAGGAAGAUAUGUCUCUUUGCCACCCUUUUGUUGCCAUGUGUUGUUGGCGCUGACUUCAAUUUCAAAUCCUCUCUUUUUAUUUGUCUGCAAUGAUUAAAAAAUAAAACUAACAGCUUCUUCCUCCUGUCAAAUUCCCUUUACUGCCCUUCUCUUUCAUCAUUACCUACUCAUAGAAGAUCUUUUGUGGAUUUCAUAAAUAAAAAAGAGGUAAUGAUGAAACCCUACAAAAACGUGUUUUUUUUUUUGAAAGUUUCAGCAACAGGUAUUUCAAAUAACCUAUAUGAUUGCCUCAUUCAUUGAGAAACCUGUAUACUAGAAGUUUAGACAGUGAAAAGACAAACAAUAACGAUGUUCUGCUAUUCUCCUUGACAAAUACAGGAUUUGGCACUAGGGCAUAUAUAGGUGAUGGCUACUGAUGAACUGCUUCCCAAAUAAUCCCAAUUAAAAGACAAAUAAUAGAAGAAUUGAUGUGUGUUUGUCCAUUGAAGGCGGCUGCUCCUGAGAUGAUACUGAUGUUGCUCAAGACAAGAAGAAGAAAUUACAUUGAAUGAUUUUUCACACUGGCGAAUAGAAAAGAGACACGUGAUGAGUGGACAUGAAGAGAAAAGGGUGCUAGACUGCUAGGUUUAAUAUAAAUAGAAAUAAGAAGCAGUUGGUGUGGUUGUGAAGGAAGGAGGCAAGCGACCAAAUCUCAGAGAAAUAAUAGUAUAGAGGAGGAACAAAGAUACAGGAGAUCAACGAACAUGGGAAGAUCACCUUCCAGUGGUGACUCUGGUCUGAAGAAGGGUCCUUGGACUCCUGAUGAAGAUGAGAAACUUGUCAAGUAUGUCAAAAAACAUGGCCAUAGUAGCUGGAGUGCUCUUCCCAAGCUUGCUGGUCUUAAUAGGUGUGGGAAGAGUUGCAGGCUAAGAUGGACGAACUACUUGAGACCUGACAUCAAGCGAGGGAAAUUCUCUCCGGAGGAGGAACAGACUAUCUUGAAUCUUCAUGCAGUUGUUGGAAACAAGUGGUCAACGAUUGCAAACAACUUACCUGGGAGAACAGACAACGAGAUCAAGAAUUUCUGGAACACCCAUUUGAAGAAAAAGCUGAUUCAGAUGGGAGUUGACCCAAUGACUCAUCGCCCAAGAACCGACGUCUUGUCCAGCUUAUCUCAGCUGAUCUCUCUGUCAUCUAACCUCAGAGGUUUUGUUGAUCAAGAGCAAAUUAUGCUGAAACUCCAAACCGAGAUGGCCAAGCUCGAAUUGUUCCAAUACCUCCUUCAACCACCUUCCAUGUAUAACAACAUUAACCCUAAUGACUUUGACACUCCCAGUCUCCUUAACUCUAUUGCCUCUACCACCAGCAAUAAUCUCGACCUUGGUUCCUAUAUUCAGGACUUCAACAGCUUACCAUCCCUAAAAAACUUAAAUACCAACAUUGGACCAUCAUCUGUUUUCCCCCAAAAUCUUGAUGCCAAUCACUUCAAGUUCUUCAAUCAAAGAGAAAACCUUCUUAUAUCUCCAAGCUGGCUCUCGGAUCCGUCCAGCUCAAAUCAGAGUUUGUUACCUUCUCUUGAUCCUUCAUCUGUUAUGACUGAUGAUCUUAUUAGAAGCCAAUACGUUAUUGAAGAUGUCAAUAGCAAUCUCACCUCUUCGAGCUAUCAAGAAUCAGGAGCUUCAGCUGCAUGGCCUGAUCAUCUACUAGAUGAUUCUAUAUUUUUUGACAUUCCUUAGCCUUCCUCGUCCUUUCAGGUAUGUUUUGGAGGAACUCAAAAUCGAAUAUAUGCCUGGGACUGUGCUUGUUGAAGAAUUUAUUCGCAUAUAUCUAUCUAUAUAUAUUGUUGGCACAUCAUAUACAUAUGUGUGCUCAUGUUGUAGAAUGUAAGUAUAUAUAAUU